AUUGAUCAGCAAGAGAUGGUUCCAAAUAAGAAGAGUGCUGUUCUUGUGGAUGGGGUUGUACUGAAUGGCCCUACAACAGAUGCAAAAACUGGAGAAAAAUUUGUUGAAGAGGCCUGUAAGCUAAUAAUGGAAGAGGUGGUUUUGAAAGCUACAGAUAUCAAUGAAAAGGUGUGUGAGUGGCAGCCUCCUGAACAACUGAAAAAGCUUCUUGAUUUGGAGGUGAGAGACACAGGUGAAUCACAUGACCGGCUGUUAAAACUCUGCCAGGAUGUCAUACGCUUCAGCGUCAAAACAAACCACCCAAGAUUUUUCAACCAGUUGUAUGCUGGACUUGAUUAUUACUCCUUGGCGGCCCGAUUUAUGACAGAAGCAUUAAACCCCAGCAUUUAUACGUAUGAGGUGUCCCCAGUGUUUCUGUUAGUGGAAGAAGCGGUUCUGAAGAAAAUGAUUGAAUUUAUUGGCUGGAAAGAAGGGGAUGGAAUAUUUAACCCAGGUGGUUCAGUGUCCAAUAUGUAUGCAAUGAAUUUAGCUAGAUACAAAUAUUGUCCUGAUAUUAAAGAAAAGGGACUGUUUGGGUUGCCAAGAUUAACCCUUUUCACAUCUGCAGAGUGUCAUUACUCCAUGAAGAAAGCAGCCUCCUUUCUUGGGAUUGGUACCCAGAAUGUGUGCUUUGUGGAAACAGAUGGAAGAGGUAAAAUGAUACCUGAAGAACUGGAGAAGCAAAUCUGGCAAGCCAGAGAAGAGGGGACAACGCCGUUUCUUGUCUGUGCCACCUCUGGCACAACUGUGCUGGGUGCCUUCGACCCUCUGGAUGAAAUAGCUGACAUCUGUGAGAGACACGGUCUCUGGCUUCACGUGGAUGCUUCUUGGGGUGGCUCAGCUUUGAUGUCAAGGAAGCACCGCAGGCUUCUACAUGGUAUCCACAGGGCUGACUCAGUGGCCUGGAACCCGCACAAGAUGCUGAUGGCUGGAAUCCAGUGUUGUGCUCUCCUUGUGAAAGACAAGUCUGACCUUCUUAAGAAAUGCUACUCUGCCAAGGCAUCCUAUCUCUUCCAGCAGGAUAAAUUCUAUGAUGUCAGCUAUGACACAGGGGACAAGUCCAUCCAAUGUAGCAGGAGACCAGAUGCAUUCAAGUUCUGGAUGACCUGGAAGGCCCUGGGCACAUUAGGCCUUGAAGAAAGAGUUAAUCGUGCUCUUGCUUUAUCUAGGUACCUAGUAGAAGAAAUCAAGAAAAGAGAAGGAUUCAAGUUACUGAUGGAACCUGAAUAUGCCAAUAUUUGCUUUUGGUACAUUCCACCAAGCCUUAGAGAGAUGGAAGAAGGACCAGAAUUCUGGGAAAAACUCCAUUUGGUAGCCCCAGCCAUUAAGGAGAGGAUGAUGAAGAAGGGAAGCCUCAUGCUGGGCUACCAACCCCACCGGGGGAAGGUCAACUUCUUCCGCCAGGUGGUGAUCAGCCCUCAAGUGAGCAGGGAGGACAUGGACUUUCUCCUGGAUGAGAUAGACCUCCUGGGUAGAGACAUGUAGCUGUGGCUUUUGGUCCCCCAG